CCAUAGGCACCCAGAGAAGAAGUCAGCACUUGAAAGAAAGCAUGGCAGGAGGGGGAGGAGAGAGAGCCCUAACUACAGAAAUCCCACUUUUCCUUUUCUUCCAGGAUAAAGGGAAGAGAUGUGAUCAGCAGGGUGACUCCUGUCUUGGACCCCUCUCCCCAGAGCUGCUGAUGGCCCCAGAGAGAAAGGAAUCCAGAAAAGCCAGCCAGAUGCCUAUGCCCAUAGCCAUCAAGUGGAUGUUGUUAUUGCUGUGGGGCUUGCCUGCUAGCCUGGCCUGCCCCCUACCCUGUGACUGCCAGACCCUGGAAGCCUUUGGACUGGUGGUGGACUGUAGCAACAGGGGGCUGACCACGGUGCCCGCCCUGCCCAACACCACCCGGCAGCUCUACCUGCAGAACAACAACCUGAGUUCCAUCCCUGCUGGCACCUUUGACCACCUGAGCUACGUCUACAGAAUCGAUGUGACCAAUAACCCCUGGCACUGCGACUGCGGAAUCUUGUACCUAAAGCUCUGGCUGGAGGACCAUGCCCAGGAAACCCUGCACCUGACCAGGUGUGCCAGUCCAGCCGUCACAGCCUCCCUGUCCCUCGACCAGCUCACCGGCAAUGAGCUGGAGGGCUGCAGAAGGCAGCUUUACCCAGACCAGUACCAUGUCUUCUUCUGGGGGGACCUGGCUCUGAUAGUACUAACAAUCCUGAACAUCAUACUCCUGGGCACCCUCCUAUGGAUGGCCCAGAAGACCAUCUACUGGGUUACCCUGAACCAGUGCCCCCAGGAGCCUCAUCAAUGGCAGGAGAGCAGCCUAAGACAUCACAAAGCCAAGUAACAGACCUCUGGACCCUGCCCUGGGGCCUUCGCCAGCCAUCUUGCUUCAAGUCACCCCACCUACUGUGUCCAUACCAACUCUUUCAAUGAUCCAAAUAAAUGGUCAACUCAUGAUCCACCUUC